AGCAAAAACAGUUAAAGAAUAAAUAGUUAAACAACUGAAACAACUAAAUAACUAAGAUAAUGUGGCUAAAGUAUUAUGCAUAUGGUCAGUUGAUUGUGGCUUUGUUGCUGCUUCAUUUCAAUGUGGUACAUACAAGUGCAGCCAAUAUAGAUCAAUUGAACAACAAUCAGCAACAAUUGCGGCAGCAACAUCAGCAAACAUUGGGACAAGCAACAGUAACAUCUGCACAACGUCAGCAGCAGCAUUCACACCAUGUACAAACUCAAACGCAAAAUCAGCUUCAGUCUCAGCAACCAUUGCCAUCUGGCAUAGCGGCACACCCAGCUAAUGGCAUUAGUAGCAGCAUCAGUACUAACAGCAUUUUACAUAGCUCAAAUGCUGGACAUCAGCAUACCGAAACGCAAGCCAUACCAUCUUCUUCGUCGUCAACCUCAUCAUUAGCUCACUUGCCUCAAGCUCAAUAUGUAGUUAAUGAUAAAGAAGCUGUAAUGCAAGAGGUAUUAAAACAUUUUCAUACCGAUGAUGAUUUAAACGAUCCCUAUCAAAUUCUCAAUGAAAUAAAGAGAGAAACGCAUGUCAACACAUACCAAGGACCACCACCGCCGCCACCAUUUAUGUCAGCAAUUCCAUCUUCACCCACCUAUCCUUGGAAUUUAUAUGACAGAACUUAUGCAACCAACAAUUUGCCACCUCCCCCGAUGACUGGGUUAUUUUCACAUAUUUUUAAUCCUUUUGAAGCUUUUUCAACACCAUUUCCUGUUACACCACGAUUUAUGCCCAUCAUGAGUUAUCCUCAACCGGUAUAUGUGCCCUAUCCGUUUAUAAUGUCACCAGAAAUGUUUUAUCCCAGCUACUCAACUCUGCCACAUUUAGCUAAUGACUAUGAAGACUCGAUGUCACGUGGUGCUGGCUCAUCCAGACGUCCAGCUGCUACACAACAUCCUUCUUCUUAUCCACGCAAUUCUCCUAUCUAUUAUGUUCGUUUACCACCUACACCAUAUAUGUUCUUACCAAGCCUAGGCUUAAGCUCCACCUCUGCAAACAUGCCCGGUUAUCCUACUAUGUUACCGUAUCAGUCGUUACCUCCCUUUCCGCCAUUUUCCUCCAUUUACAAUGUCCCCAUAAAUUUUUUGGCCAAUGGUAAACCCACUAAUAUCUAUCAAAUGAGUGCUCCUCCCAAUGAUGUACAAAAUCCUUUGCAGUUCGCUAAUAUACCAUCCAGCUUUAAUACACGCCCUCCACCACCUCCUCCGCCUAAUGCUUAUAGACCCUCACACAAUUACUUUAAUGUCCCAUCGCCUACUACAUCAUCAAAUUAUAUCCCAUAUCCUGGCUCUGCAACUUCGUCCUCAUCAUCAUCAUCUCCAUCGUCACCCACAGCAUCAACUUCAUCGUCUUCACAUCAGGACUCGAAAUUGACUUCUCUAAAACGUCCAUAUUAUUUCAAUGGUCGUCCGGAGGAUAUUUAUAUAUUACCAAAUAAUUUCAAUCCUUUAUAUUCAUCAGAAAGUAGUUAUUAUUAAAAAC